CGAAGGUGAAGCGAUGUUAGACUCCCUCCUCCUCCUCGUUUCUUCGCGCACCCGUGCAGGGCCGCCGCCUUGUGAAGGCUCGAGGGUUGGGCCGUUGUCCCCCCUCCCGCGCCCUGUUUUUCAGUUCAGCUGGGGCUGGGAGCGGCCCGCGAGACCUCUUGCGUGGCCAAUGUUAACAAAAAGUGAGGAGGAUUGGAGGAGAGCUAGCGUUGCAGGUCGGUGUGUUUCGCCCUCCCGGAUCAGGGGCGAGGACCUCUCGCCCGAGGAGAGGCAGCGCAGCGCCCACCUCGAGGACAGCGACGCGCGCGCGGUGGCGAACGUGGGCGGCGGGGCCCCGAACCGCUACGGCAAGGGCGACGCCGAGUGGCGCAAGGCGAUGGCGAGCAGCCGCUUCUCCUGGAGCGCCCCCGGCUCGCCGGUGAAGGACCACCCGCUGUACCCAUCGAUGUGCUUGCUGGCGAUGCGGGAGGUCGUGAACACUCGACUAUUCUCCACCGUCCGAGACUCGCUUGGGCUGUCGUACGACUGCAGCUUCGAGCUGUCCAUGCUGGACCGCCUGGAGGCGGGCUGGUACAUGUGCACCGUUAGCGCCCACCCCUCCCGAAUAGGGGAGGCCGUGGAGGCGGCAAAGGGCGUCGUGACCGGCGUGCGGAAGAGGCCCAUCUCCGAGUGGGAGCUGAGCACAGCUCGCAGGACGCUGUUGCGCCGGCACGAGGUGGACCUCCAGACAAACGAGUAUUGGAUGUCCCUGUUGACCCACCUGCAGCACGACGGCAAUCCGAAGGACCUGUCCUGCGUGUCCGACAUCGAGUUUGUCCUGUCCAAGCUGACCUGGCGGGACCUGCAGAACGCAUACCUGUCCCUCCUGACGGACCCCAACCAGCUGUUCGUCUCCGUCACCACCGCUGGCCCCGGCGCCGGCUUCGUGUCGGGCGGCCGCGCCAUGGCGGCCGUUUCCACGACGACCCAGGGGAAAUUGCUGGAAGUGGAGUGAGUCCGCAGGCCUCCCGAGCCGGCGUCCGAGUCGGACUAAGCCUUCCGAGCCGGUGUCCGAGUAGGACCAUGAGCUGGCAGCUAGCACCCACACCUGUGCGACCCCAAAAUCUCUCGGGGUAGAAUUCUUGACGCUUCUUGCAUUGCCGACGUCGGCGAUGCAUGGGCGAUGCGGCACGAUCUUCCGACCAAAUGUACUGGGACCCCAUGUCUCCAAGUCAGGAGGUCGGGGCGCCUUUUGCCCGAACCGCCGAACCGCGGUCAUCGGGGAACAGAACGCUGUGUUGGGGUGGUCGUCGGACCUCCUGGUCGGCUCUGGGCCCCCCACU